AUGAGUGCCGCCAUUCUCGAUGAACUGAAGAAGCUGCGCCAGGAAAACGGCGAAAUCAAGAACCAGAUCGCCGCCCUCCGCGAGCUGAUCCAGGGAAUCGCGAAGGUCGGAAUUUCGGGAGCGCCCGCAGCUGCUGCUUCUUCCCCCUCCCCCUCCGCCCCCAAGGAGGAGAAGAAGGAAGAAAAGAAGGAGGAGGCCGCGGAUGACGACGACUUCGAGCUCUUCGGAUCUGAUGACGAGGAGGACGAGGAAAAGAAGAAGAUCGUCGAAGAAAGACUGAAGGCCUACGCCGAGAAGAAGUCGAAGAAGCCCGGCCCGAUCGCCAAGUCCUCGGUCAUUCUCGAUGUCAAGCCCUGGGAUGAUGAGACGAACCUUGAUGAGAUGGAAGCCCAUGUCCGCAGCAUCGAAAUGGACGGCCUGGUCUGGGGUGGCGCCAAGAAGAUCGCGAUCGGCUACGGCAUCAGCAAGCUGCAAAUCAUCACCGUCAUCGAGGAUGCCAAGGUCUCCGUCGAUGACCUGCAAGAGAAGAUCCAGGAGUUCGAGGACCACGUCCAGUCUGUUGACAUUGUUGCUUUCAAUAAGAUU